AUGGAGGAAAUCUUCCUAGCAUUUUGUGAUGCCUGCAAAAAAGGUUCAAAAACGGCAACCGAUAAGACGGUCAAGAAAAUAUGCACAGACUGUCAAAUUUAUAACAAAAACCUGAAUGCUAACCUGGUCGAUAUAGCCUUGAGAAAACACAUUGGAAAUCAGAAGCUGGAUAUGGACUUUCACAAUUUCGUUCGCUUCAUUGAAGGACCGCUAGGUGAAGCCUAUGCAUCCUCAAAAAAAAUUUCUUUGGAUGAAGCAGUGAACGAAAUCAAGGAAAAGAUUAUGAAGGGAAAUCCUAAAGCACAUGGUGCGACUCAAGUCAGCAGCGACGCCGCUACUGCCAGAUUGACGGAUGUAAAAGGUUAUACCGGCGCACAUAAAGAGAGAUUUGAUAUGGAAACUGGCAAAGGCAAAGGCAUUGAAGGUCGCGAAUAUGUUAUGGAUGAAAAAGCUCAAGCUGGAUAUGUAUCCGGCUAUAAAGGAAAAGAUACUUACGAUCAAACUCAUUGA